AUGGAUGAUAACGAUUUCAAUCAAGCUCACAGGUCCCUAAGUAAAAGCGUCACUCUUCCACCCUUUUUUUCAGAAUUAGAAAAAAUAACAAAUUCAUUUCUUUUCAGUCAUCUUGGAAACAGAAUAGGCAAACCGGGGGAAGAUGUCAACCAGACAGUGGUAGACGAAGGACGCACUGAGAAAACAUUGUUCAAACUGGAGAGGCACAGAAGGAGACCGAUUGAAUAG